AUGAUCGAGAGGGCUUCUGGGAUACAGCAUUUUGGCUCCCGAUUUCAGACAGGAUACUCCAAAACAUGCGCUGUUGAUCCUUCAUCAGAACGAGUUGAGAACGCUGCACUGAAUAAACCUGCAACGCAGAUAAGUACAUACUUUAAAGGGGUGGCAUCGCAUGCAGUUGACGGUGACAAAAAUCCACUUUUCUGGAACGGGUCAUGCAGUCACACUAGAUGGAAGGAAGGUCUGCCAUUAUACCAAUGGUGGAUGGUUGAUCUGGAAAGAGAAUACAGAAUUGACAGCGUCAACAUCACAAAUCGUCUUAAAUCCGCAAAGCGACUGCGAGACUUCGACAUAUUUGUGUCACUUAACAGCACGUUUGAGGUCGAUGAUCACAUGACCGAUGAACGCCUGUGUAUCCAUGUGUCAGGUGGAAUGGGUGGCGGGGAAACCAGGACUUUCACCUGUCAGACGCCAAUUUUCGGACAAUUCAUCCAGAUCUACAUGGAAACGCUUGAUAAAAGAAAUAUGAACAUAUGUGAAGUCACAGUUGAAGGAUACGUAGCAGUAUGCAUUGAGGACAUAACAACAGAAACGUCACUGACAACAACAAAUGCUUCUGCAGUAAUAACGACUCCUACGGCAACCUCAACUGCGCUAUCAACAACGACCCAAACAACAUCGGUAUCAUUAACAAUUCCCAUAACGACAGAUGCAACGCUAUGGAAAACAACGACUCCUACAAAACCAAAGACAACAUCGGCAGUAGCAGCAACAACACCAACUAAUACUACGACAACUGAGACAGGGGAAAUAACUCGGACAACAUCAACAUCGGCAUCAACAACGACAGAGAUAACAUCGGUAUCAUCAACGAUACCAACAGCGACUUCAACAACCACGACAGCUACGACGAUAUGGAACAGAACAUCACCAUUGCCAGUACCCACAACAUUGAAAACUGUAGCAACAACUACAGCAGUAACUACAUCCGCAUCAAAGACACUCUCAACACUGGUUUCAUUGCCAGGCAACACCACCACCGUAGCGACCUCUACCUGUCCAUGUGUCUGUGUCGUCUCAUCAAACACUACAAACUUGACACAGGAAGCACGUUUGGAAUUGGUAAAAGAGUUGAGAAAAGAACUGACAGUUGACAGGAAAGAAACCAGUAUUUCCAAGAGAAAACUCAUCAGUGUUGGGGACGAGAGACAAUCUGCAGAAACGAUCGGAUUUAUAGGUGUGCUGGCGCUGUGCGUUCCGGUACUACUGAUUGUCUCAUUCGACUUGAUCAACUUAUGGUCAUCCGCUAAACAGAAAAAGAACAGAGUCAUAACCAAAUAAAAAGAAUAUGAAUAUCUACUGCAAUAUGAGACUGAAAACAAUAAUGUUUACCUCGUUUUGUACAA